GCGGCUUCAGACUUCUCUUCUUGAUCUUCUUAGACUUCACACAUACCGUCUCGACAUGGCACCCAAGAAGGCCAAGAGGAGGGCAGCAGGAGGAGAGGGUUCCUCCAACGUCUUCUCCAUGUUUGAGCAGAGCCAGAUUCAGGAGUACAAAGAGGCUUUCACAAUCAUUGACCAGAACAGAGACGGUAUCAUCAGCAAAGACGACCUUAGGGACGUGUUGGCCUCAAUGGGCCAGCUGAAUGUGAAGAAUGAGGAGCUGGAGGCCAUGAUCAAGGAAGCCAGCGGCCCAAUCAACUUCACCGUUUUCCUCACCAUGUUCGGAGAGAAGUUGAAGGGUGCUGACCCCGAAGACGUCAUCGUGUCUGCCUUCAAGGUGCUGGACCCUGAGGGCACUGGAUCCAUCAAGAAGGAAUUCCUUGAGGAGCUUUUGACCACUCAGUGCGACAGGUUCACCGCAGAGGAGAUGAAGAAUCUGUGGGCCGCCUUCCCCCCAGAUGUGGCUGGCAAUGUUGACUACAAGAACAUCUGCUACGUCAUCACACACGGAGAGGAGAAGGAGGAGUAAACUACCUUGGAAUCAAGAAAACGAAGAGAAGAACAUGCAUCCCUCACAGCUUAAUCCUCCCAGUCUGUUGUCUGGCCUUCUCUAACUUUUGUUUUUCUUCCUCCCUUUCUUGCUUUCUACCAUCGUUGUUACUCCAAGCACUUACACUCUCCAUCUUACCAAAGACUUGUCUCGCUGGGACUGAAUUGGGAGGGUGGAGAGGAACACGACCACAGUGUCUGUCGAGUGGGGACAUUGGAUUGUUUUCAAUAAAAUGAACAUCAUUUCUGUAUCUCUCACAUUCUCUCUUUCUCUCUGUUUCUCACUCGUUACCCGCGACCACCUCUCUUUCAUUUCAGUCAAGCUUGCAUGAAAGUCGCUGCUUCUUCUGCUGCAGUCUUAGGAGUUGAAACGAAGGCAUCUAUAGUUUGGGGCUGAAACAUCUCUCUAGAUCAAUGUGGAAGAGUGCUCACUCUGAGGGGGAAAGAAGCACGAUGGAGUGAUCUCACUCUAUAAUAGAGGAACCAGUCAUCAUUCUCAUUUCCUCCUCUGGUGGUUGACUAAAAAGAGAAAGAGAAAAUGAGGGUUUUGUGCUGAGUGAGUUUAGCCUCCUAAAAGCGAUGCCGAGCUCAUCACAGAGGGAGUGAGAGGGACAGACCAUCCUAGGAAGAGAGGAGAGCAGGGACUGAAAGAAAACAUAACCUCUUCACUCCCCCUCUCCCCUCCUCUUCUCUAUUUCUCUGUCCAUCUUUUCUUUUUUCUUUUUUUGCUUUCUGCAUCUGGGCCUGCUUUGCUCUGCCAAACCUCUUCUGUAACCAAUAAAAGACACAAACUGUGAAUAAAACAUCUUUUUGUA